AUUGUUGUCUUUAUAACCAAAACAUUUCAGACAAUUUAAAUGUUAAUAAAGCAAAAUUAGCGUAAAAAAGUAUUUGAAUUGUUUACAGCUUCUUUAAAAUGAGAUUAAAUAGACAUUUUGAUCUUCAGUCCAUGUGUCUGAACGUCAUAGUUGGACACUUGGAUUUUUACGUAAACGCUAAUCACUUUCCUGAAAAAUAUAUGGCUUUCUUUUAUCGGAAGUAUUCGGAUGUUUUGUAUCAUUUACUAAGAGAAAGAGGUAUUUUCUGUGAAAAAUACAUGGUGUGGCUUCUUACUCCAUAUUGGAAGGAUGUAACUAUUUGCAGGCAGUUAAGUGAUCCGAAAAGUAUUUUGUCCAAAUUCAAAACUUACGGACAGUCUGUUACAUCUCUGGAUAUGACAUUCUCCAUCAUUCGUCCAGAAAUGCUUAAAGCUCUCAUAUUUUGUGUCCCACAUCUAACUCAUCUCGAUCUAUCAGGAACCGACUUCCCAAGUCAUGUUCUAGCAUGCUUACAAAAAUUGUGUCCAUCCCUUGUGAAGCUGAAUGUUUCAUAUUGUCAGAAUAUCAAUGAUGAUGUAAUACUAGAUAUGUGUCAAAGGUGUGAUGACCCCAACUCUUUCCGUUUGAGACACUUGGAUAUAUUUGGCACACCUGUAAGUGCAAAUGGUAUCUAUGCCGUUUUGGUAAAAUUGAAUCAUCUUGAGGUUUUAAGACAUCAUAAAUUAUCAAAAAUAUUUUUUAAGCUUCAUAGUCAUGGAUUGCUGCCAAGGUUUGCUUAUAAAUUGAUAGAGUUUGAACACUUUUCUUCUAUGACACUAAAACUAAAAACAAUUUUAGAAGCAUGGAUAGCAUUUUGUCCAUACAUUGAAAAAGUUGCUAUUUAUGAUACCAUAGACAAUGAAGAGUUUGAACAGAUUUCUAAAUUUUUGCAUUUAAAAGAAUUAGAAGUUAAAUUUAAUGAAAGAGGCAUUUAUACCACCUGUCAUUUUAACUGGUUUACAGCAAAAGGUAAACAUUUAACAAAGUUAUCCCUUACUAAUGUAAAGAUUGAUAUUGUCACAUUAGUGUCCAAUUGUAAGAAUUUGGAGUACCUCUUUUUCACAGAUGUAUAUUUUACAGAAUUUGAAAAAAAUGCACUUAAAAGUAAUUCAGUGUUAAAAUGUUUGAAAACAUUAAUACUUGCACGUGUACUUUUUUCCGAUCCUGCUAUUUUUCAAGCCUUUCAACUAUUAGUUUCUAUAAGUAAUUUAGAAGAACUUUCCAUCAGAUAUUGUAGGAAUGUCUCCGAAAAAGUGGCCAACAUAAUACUUAGAUCUUCCAGUCAACUGGAGUUGCUUGAUUUCAGUUUUACCGACAUAACAAUUGAAACAUUACUGCCGUUUUUUCACUGUCCGAAGCUCUCAAAACUUUAUAUAGAUACAUGCAGUCACAUACCCAUUAGAGAUCAUCGAUUGACAAAGUUCACGAAAACAUGUGAUCUUGGGAACACUUUUUCAUGGCAUGUAGACUUUUGGAGCAACCAAGAUAUUGAGUGUAUUCCAGUACGUAGGUAGUUGGACUAAAUA